CAAAAAUUAGACAAGCAUGGCAGCCGGACCUGUAACAGAACGAAAUCAAGAUGCAACUAUCUAUGUUGGAGGUCUUGAUGAUAAAGUCAGCGAGACCUUACUUUGGGAGCUGUUUCUUCAAUCAGGACCUGUUGUAAAUGUUCACAUGCCAAAAGACCGCAUCACUCAACUCCAUCAAGGCUAUGGUUUUGUUGAAUUUCUUGGUGAAGAAGAUGCGGACUAUGCAAUAAAAGUGAUGAAUAUGAUCAAAGUGUAUGGAAAACCUGUCAGAGUAAACAAGGCGUCUUCGCACAAUAAAAACUUGGAUGUGGGUGCAAAUAUAUUUAUUGGCAACUUGGAUCCCGAAAUUGAUGAGAAACUGCUCUACGAUACUUUCAGCGCUUUUGGAGUGAUAUUGCAAACACCUAAGAUAAUGAGAGAUCCAGAGACUGGUAACUCGAAGGGCUUCGCUUUUGUAAACUUCGCAAGUUUUGAUGCAGCUGAUGCGGCCAUCGAAGCAAUGAAUGGACAACAUUUGUGUAACCGACCUAUAAGCAUAUCUUACGCGUUCAAAAAAGAUUCAAAAGGCGAAAGACACGGCUCUGCUGCGGAACGUUUGCUCGCUUCACAAAAUCCUCUCGCUCAAGCCGACAAACCUCAUCAACUGUUUGCCGACGCUCCCCCAACACAAGUGAAUGCCUUUGAUCCGACAAUGAUGAUGGCGGGUGUUGUACCCCCACCUCCGACGAUGCCGCCUCCAGGUCUUCCUCCUCCAGGUAUGAUGCCCGGACAGAUGCCUGUUCCUGGGUUUCCUCCUCAGGGCCUUCCACCACCUGGAUUGCCUCCCGCUCCUCCACCACCCAUGCCGAUGAGAGGACCCCCUGGAGAUCAGACGGGUAGAGGUCCUCCCGGCCCACCUCCUCCGCGCCCUUUGAUGUCGGCAGCUCCUCACGGAUUCACCAACCAACAGCAACCGCAACAACAGAUGAACGGACCACCUGGCCCACCCAAUCGAAUGCCUAUGAUGCCGCCGUUUGGUAUGCCACCGAUGGGUAUGCCGCCUCAAGGCGCUUUUCCUCCACAAGGUGGAUUUCCACAGGGAAAUAUGGGACCCCCUCAAGGUAUGGGUGGACCUCCACAGAAUAUGGGUGGACCGCCUCAAGGUAUGCCACCGGGCAUGCCGAUGAUGCAAUUUGGAUAUCAACAAUUCCCAAAUCAAGGUAUGAUUGAUGUGGCUAAAGUGUUUAUCAAGAAUUCUAUCGUGCUGUCAAUUCCUCAGGAAUGCCUAACCAAGGAAGAUAGCAGAACAUUGAAUAACGGAAAAGUUGUCUCGAGUACAGUGUGGCAAAUCGUGGAUGUCGGGUUUUGAAAUAGACUGUGAUUUUUGAGAUUUCAAGAGACUAGUAUCUGCUACGUUCUUACAGCAAGCGUUGCCCCUUUUUGAAUCAUAAUUAGGCGAAAUCAAGCAUCGUCUGUUUUAUAUUAUAUUAUCAUUCAUUCA